UAAUCAUUCAUACCCUUUAUUUAAUUACCAAUUACUCACUCUCUCUUCUCUUCUUCUAUAAAACCCUCAUCUUCCAAUUUUAGUUUCAAAUGGAUCAGCCCAAGAAUGUAUUAAUUAGCUCAAACGCCACCACCGUGCGCACCCUCUACCAGGCCUUGGCAAGCGGCAAUACAAACAUCUCUGGCCUCAUCGCCACUGACCUUGAGUGGUGGUUCCACGGCCCACACAACUGCCAACACAUGAUGAAAAUGCUCACCGGACAAUCCUCGCCCUCGGAUUUCAAGUUCCAACCACGAAGCAUGGACGCCAUUGACCACGACUGCGUGAUAGUGGAAGGGUGGGAUGGGGCUCAGGUGUAUUGGGUGCACGUCUGGACACUGAAAGAUGGUGUGAUCACUCAGUUUAGAGAGUACUUCAACACUUGGCUCACCGUAAGGGAUUUGAGGCCCCUCAACUGCUUGACAUCCACCACUCUGUGGCAGAGCCACCCUCAGGACCUGGCGCAGCGCUCCUUGCCGGAGCUCAUGCUUGCCAUUUGACGGCGGUUUAGGUGAAGGCCGAGGGUGGAGGUUAAUAUAAAUGCGUUGGUUCAAGUGAAGAUGCCAUGAGAUAUGAUCACAAGUAUAUAAUUCCAAAUCGUUACUGAAGUGCAGUUAAUUAUCAAAUGUCGUCUUCUAUCUCGUACUAAUUAAUUGGGAUAGGAUAGGAGAAGUUUAAGGUUUAAGGAAAUAAUUAUCCUAUAAAUAGAUGAUGUCCUGUAAAAUUCAAACGUUUUAAAUGUCUGAGAAAACUAUAAUGUGGUCUGCAUGCAGCCAUGAGUUGUC